UGUUUUUUCAAUUAUAUGCCAUAAAAAAUGCAUAAUCUUCUUUUCAGAUAAACAACAUCACGAUUCCCGACUAGAACAAAUUUUUGCUAUUUUCUUCUAUAAAUAAAACAUUCCCUUGUGGAUAAUAACAUAACAAAAAAAUACACAACCCAAAAGUAACACAAGCAGAGACGAGAAGAAGAACAAGACGUAUACUUAGUCAUCGCACUGUGUAUACAUAUAUGAACGUACUAUGAUAUAAGGGUUGUUAUAACUCGAUACAUAAACCGCUCCUGCAAAAGUCAUAUAGAUAUAUAUAUUUAUACAAACCACCCAGGGAGACAUCUAUAUACAUAUAAUCACACUCAGUCAUGGGAAGUUUGCCAAAUUUAAACGAAUUAUGUCGCGAAAGAGCGCAACGACGGAUCAACGAGAAAUUGAACGAGAACGCAAGAGAGCUGGCUCGCGAGAGAGACUUUUCCAGAGGAGACAAGGAGAAAUUAGAACGUUUGCCGAAUUUUCCUCAACCACAAGCAACAAAUAUACCUAGACAUCAACAUCACAGACACUCGCUAUCAUCGCGUAAAGUUCAUCGUACGCGAAGUUCAGGAGCAACUCACCAGUGUGCACACAUUUGGGAUGAUCCAAUGAUUGAGCACAUGACAGCAUACUCGCCUAUUUCAUCUCGCAGUCAUCGGGCAAAUCUAACGCUACCACCAUAUCAAAUACAACUGGCCGCAGCUGCUAGACGCCGAGAAUCAGUUAACAGUUCCAUAGGUGCCACAUCAAUAAAACGGUUACUAACCAUAAAUAAUCGGGGAUGUCGUCAUAAAGUACCCGAACACAUACGAUCGAAAGUUGCCAAAAAUUUUAGAUUUCUAGUAAUAGCACAUGGGCUCACAUGUGCCAUAUUAGUGCCUCUGAUUGGAUUACAGGGAUCUAAUUCCAUAUGGCUGAACAAUGAGAAAUGGUUAAAAUUUGGGCCUAACGUUGGUUCUUUAUUGCUCAGCCUGUGUUUCCUAAUUACUUCAGGAAUGUGCUUACUAACUACGAGGAUCGUUAAAAAAAUUGGCUACGUACUGUUGCUGGUUAUCAGUUACGCCGGAUUGUGUAUUUUCCUGUUAGCUCAUCUGUAUCCCUUGGUCUACGUACUAUUACCGGGCUAUUUGAUUCUUGGUGCUACGCUCGGACCGAGCUGGAUAGCCAAAUGGAAUUUGGUCGUAUUUUUUGCAAGUCGCAUUAGUUGCGGCCAAAACGAAUGCAACAAUACACCAUCUGCGGUCGAUGGUGUGGAUGAGCAUAAAGCAUUUUGUAAUCGUGAUGAAAGAGUCCGCCGUCUAGCUAGAUGGUAUCAUGCGUCCGAAAAUCUGGGCAUCGUUCUUGGAGCAUUAAUUGCCGCCUUUGUGAUGACCUGUGCAUCGAAAAACAGUCAGUGCUUUUAUGGGCGAAAUGAAAUGACGAACGCUGUGCAUAAGCCGAUAUACAAUGAAAGCGUUGCCGCUUCAGACAAAUGGAACACGAAUGUAACACAGUCGGUGGAAAGGGAGUACGAUAUUAAUGCUGAAGCAACAAUUAGUCAAUUGAAUCAACCGUUUGACAAUUUCUAUGAGAUAAAUGAGCAAGGUCAACGGAUUUGUGGAGCAGAUUCAUGUCCCGUGUGGAUUGAAUUUAAUUAUACCGAAUCGAUUGGAACUGUUGGUGCACAGUACAACAGUACAAUGCCAUUGAUAAUAGCCUACAUGACAUUGGCAAUAAUUGCAUUAACAUUAACGUGUCUGUCGCAGCAAAUAGAUAACAGUUUCAAAUGCGAAUCAAUAAAAGGUAUGACGGACACACUAUUAUAUGCUGGACCAAUGUCCUUUUUCAUCGGUACGGAACAAGGCUAUAUGCUGGGUGACUUUACCAAGGCAUUCGUUUCCUGUUCAAUGGGACCGAAUAUUGUGGCCGGAUCGUUGAUUGGAAUGGGUCUGAUGCAAUUAAUCGUGUCAUGUACAUUGAGUAUGCUCCUGAAACAUACGAAACGAUAUGCCGUUUUAGCGGCCGGUUUCUUUUUCCACGCCUGCUUGCUACUGGUACUUUCUCGAUGGAAACCGUCUCUGGACGACAGUGCCCUUUUCUAUGUCAUUGCCGGAUGCUGGGGUGCCUGCAAUGCCAUGUGGGAAACGUUACAAUUUGCAUUGAUCACACUGACGCACACCGGUCAUGUCAUCGAAGUCACGUCACCACUUCAGGCGCUCCGAUUUUUGGGCCUGGGCGUAACAUUCGCCGCACACGGUUUACUGUGUGAAAAUAUCAAAAUUUUAGUUUUAGUCAUUUUACUUGUGAUAACCAUAAUUCCGUACGGUAUGCUAGAGGUGCGCUUGGAGGCACAACGGAAGAGCCAAAAGGAAAAGCUCUGACGCAAUUUUACCAACUAGCUGUAUGGCAAUCGAAUUGCUGUUUCGUUGAACAGUCGUCGGUCGUUGUGCAUUAGCUAUUCGCUGGGACACAACGAGAGCAUCGGCAGAGGAUAACAGAGGGAUCAAUGUCGCUGGAAUGAAUGCGAUCUUCCAGCAACAUUUUUGCAUUGCUGUUCAUUGUUUCAGCAUUCGGACGCGUAUUCACCAUUGUGAAGCAGAAAGUAUGUACCAGUACCUAACUGUUUGUUUGUCGUUGUUUAUUAUUGUGGCAACCAUACUGAACAAAAUGUAUAAUCGUGUUGCCAAAAUGUGCAUCAAAGAGGGUGUGUUUUAGUUUGUAAAUGUUAUGGAAUCUCUGACCAUGAAUGUAAUGAGGACGUGCGAAUGGAUUAGUUGAAGAAUAGAAAGUUCAGAUCGGUCAGUCACUGUAUAAUUGACCGUAUUCGAUUUUGUAUACUGGGUCUAUUACGUACGGACUAACGCAUCUGUUGUAUUUACAGUUUUCACAAACGGAAAGCUAUAAAAGGAUUGUUGAGUAUUGAUAAAAGAGAGAAGAAAAUAUAAUUUGGAUCACUUGCUUUGGGUCAAAAAUGUUUAUGAAAAUAUUCAAUGACAAGUAUACCUCAAGGUAAGAUAAAUUCAAGCGGUCUUUGUGUAUUCUCGCUCUGAUCAUAACAGUACUGUUAAAGUUCAGGAAAUAUACUAGAUUACCUGGUGAACUUUGUCAGCUGUUACAUACAAAAAUGAUGCGAAAUUGAAGGCAUCACACCUUUUUUGCAUAGUGUUCACUGACAGAAGAAAACAGGUUAAUUGAAUUGAUCUGUGGGUCAGCUCUCAUAAAUUCAUGAAGGAAUAAAAACAUUGAGAGUACACACUAUACAACACAUGUCAAAGUCCCUUGUGUAAUCUAGUAUAUCUUUAAACUAUGUAACACAGUCUAAGUGGCCUAAGUCUAGCGGCCUUGAGAUUUUAGUACUAAUUUUGAAAAUCAUUGGUGGAGGCUGACUUAUCGCGACUUUCUUCGAAUUUUUGAAAUAUUACUUUGAAAUCAGACAUAAUGACGAAAGAUAUAUUUUGGGUAAUGUAAUUUAGACCGUAGUUCAAAAUCGACGCAGUAAAUUCACAUAGUAUGGCCAAGGUCUUUUAUUAGGAGGUUACGUCAAUCGAUAUUUAUUUGCUGGGGAAGUGUCACAAAAAAUUUGAUACUUCUUGAUGCAUUUCAAUAUGAAAACUGAAGUUGUACCAAAAUCUUGUUUGCAUAACGUACAUACCAAAAUUUUUGCGACAACUGUCCCAGUGAAUAGCGUCACCUUACUUCUAAUAUAAGACCUUGGAUUUGUAAACAAAACGAAAGGCAACAUGAAAGUGAAUUGUAAUUGGACUAGGUAUUAUAUAUAUAUAUAUAGACGACAUAUCAAUACUUUGCACAUAUAAUAUGGAAUUGUUAAUGGAACAUGUGUAUCCUAUAAUUUAUUUAUUCGGGACUAUUCAUUAAUGACGUUUGUCGUCGUUGAUAUGUUGUAACGACUUUCAAAAUCCAAACUAAAAUAUCCGAAAUCGUAAAAUUGAGCUCAAAUUAUGGAUACGUCAUUGAUGGACAGUGCGCCAAUAAAAGUGGACUUUGAAAAACAUUUAAAAAGAAAAUCUAAUCAAUAAUAACCGCAGUAAAACUAUGCAUCAUAACACCAUCGAUAUUCGAAUACCGAGUCUAGAUAUGCAAAGUUAAAGGACGAGUUAAAUUUCGAUGAACGUGCUAGUAGAGUUAAGUUGACAAUGUGAGGGGAUGAAAAGGAGAAGUCAAGUUUUCGUCCACCACAAGCGUUCUUAAAUUCAUGCACUUCUGUUGUAGUGCAUAGUCAACCAUAGUUUUAAUGUGUAAACGUCAAAGUGAAAGUUUGUAUUCAGGCUGAGCAUUCAGGAUGCUUAGGAAGCCUAGUGAGAAAAUUAGGUCAAUUUGGGCUUUAUCGGAGCCACUUUUGGUUCGGGGACAAAUUGCCGUCAUUGACGCAGUCAUAUUCGUACUUUAAUAAGCAAAAGACUGGGUAAUUUGUUCAUGUAUUGUCCGUUGACAAGUGGAUUGCGACCGGUUUCGGGUGUUUUUUUUGUUCUUUACACGUUGCCAAACUUUGUUGACAAAUUCAAGAUUUUGUAAUAGGAAGACUGCUGCGCAGAUUGCUAUGUGAACAAGGACUUCACCUAUCACAAAUUAAAGAUCUUGGAC